AUGGAGGUCAGGUACAACCAAGAGACGGAAGGGAUGGUGCUGAAGAAUGGACUAAAGGAGGGAAAGGAUGGCAAGGACUCCCAGGGCAGCUUGUCCAAAAGCUUCCUCAAGGAGCAGCAGGACUCCUUUUCCCCCUCUGGGACUCUGGACAACUGCGAGAAGAACAGAGGGAGCACAGGGGACCCAGACUACUGCCGGAGAAUCCUGGUCCGAGAUGCUAAAGGCUCCAUCCGAGAGAUUAUUCUGCCGAAGGGUUUGGAUUUGGACCGGCCCAAAAGAACCCGCACCUCCUUUACUGCAGAGCAGCUCUACCGGUUAGAGAUGGAGUUCCAGAGGUGCCAGUACGUGGUCGGGAGGGAAAGGACUGAACUGGCCCGCCAGCUCAAUCUGUCUGAAACUCAGGUGAAGGUGUGGUUCCAGAACCGGCGCACCAAGCAGAAGAAGGACCAAGGGAAGGACUCUGAGCUGCGUUCAGUGGUUUCAGAAACAGCAGCAACCUGCAGCGUCCUGAGACUGCUGGAGCAGGGGCGGCUGCUGACACCUCCGGGCUUGCCAGGCCUUCUACCCCACUGCAGCGGUGGCUCUCUGGGCUCUGCCCUGCGCCCUCCCUCCAUGGCCAUGGCCAGCAAUGGCAGCAAUAACAGCAACAGCAGUGGUGGAGGCAGCACUGGCACGGCAGGCGGCAGCCCUCCUCUACCCACUGUCACCAGCUCAGGGACAGUGGCAGGCCUGCAGAGCUCAUCUGCAGCACACAGCCUCUUCAGUUUCCCCAUGCCCUCCUUACUCAGUGGUGUCGCCAACCGCAUGUCCUCCAAUCCCCUGUCCAUGGCUGGAUCGCUGGCUGGAAACCUGCAGGAACUUUCCGCCCGCUACCUGAGCUCUUCUGCUUUUGAGCCUUACUCGCGGACCAAUGGCAAAGAAUCAAUGGACAAGAAAAUUCUGGAAUGA